CUUGAUUUCUUUUAUUCUAUGGAGUUUAGAAAAACGAAAACGGAGCUGUUGCGUUAAGAUCAGUUAAGAUCCUUGCAGGCACAAUCUUGCAGUUGACUGAGCAAGACGAGCUCUGAACAGGAAGAAAUUGCGGAAAAAGGACCGAGCGCUUGAGAGAAGAGAAACUUGAACCACUCUCUUUGUCUGAAGAAACGAAAGAUGCCGAACAUAAAACUGCAGAGUUCCGAUGGCGAAGUGUUUGAUGUUGAGGUCAACAUCGCAAAAUGCUCCGUUACGAUCAAGACUAUGUUGGAGGACCUUGGCAUGGACGAGGACGAGGAGGAGGUUGUGCCACUGCCGAAUGUUAACGCUGCGAUUCUCAGGAAGGUCAUACAAUGGGCCUCGUAUCACAAGGAUGAUCCACCCCCACCGGAAGAUGACGAGAACAAAGAGAAGCGGACAGACGACAUCAGUUCAUGGGACGCAGACUUCUUAAAGGUGGAUCAAGGAACACUCUUUGAAUUGAUUCUGGCAGCUAAUUACCUUGAUAUUAAGGGACUUUUGGAUGUCACGUGCAAAACCGUCGCCAAUAUGAUCAAAGGCAAGACACCUGAAGAGAUUCGCAAAACAUUUAAUAUCAAGAAUGACUUUACCGCCUCAGAGGAAGAGCAAGUGCGCAAGGAGAACGAGUGGUGCGAAGAGAAGUAAGAUACGACUGAAGAUUAUCACAACGCAACAAGAAAUUCUUAAAACGUUAAAUCAUUCGUUAUUGCGUUGCUAGGUUAAAUUGUUUUGUCAUAAUAAAUUUCCUGUAACAUAAAUGUUUUUUUUGUAAAAAUAAAAUCUUAAGUAUUAAUUGCGUUCACAAUCAAAUAACAUCGUAACGUGAACGGAAACUCUUAUUGCUCGUAUCACCUAUUGCAUAGGACUCUUAUUUACAUAUGGUAACUAAAUAAUAAAGUAAUAAUGACAUCAGUAAUGUAAUCUGAUAUUUAAUGUGUCUAGAUAUAUAUAUUCGCACCUUAAAAUUUCAAAUGCGUACCAGAACUCGUAUCUUGGUAUAAUAAUUUUAAUAGCAUUAUUUAAUAAACUUUAGUGCACGAACUAAUGUUGGUGAUUUUAUAUAGUGUAAAGUAUCACAUAUUAAUAGUAUAUUUAAUAAUAUAUCAUGUACACAGUUUAAUAAUAGUAAAGGACAAACUUGAAAA